AUGGGAAAGAUUCUCCUUUGUGUACAGAGUAAGGUGCGCGAUGUGAAUAACAUCCUAACAAUACACAACGUUCAUCCACAGGUACGAGCAGAUGUUAUGCGACGACUGGCCACCCUCAUUUAUCAAGUGCAGGAGCAUCUCGACACACAACGACCGGCGUAUGACGAAGCCCCCGAAGAGAUUUGCGGUGUGUUUGUGCGUGAGAUAGUGCAAAAUGUUAUCAACAGCGCCAUUCCGUUAGUAGAACUCAGUACAGAAGGGAGGCGAAGGGUCUUAUUAGAAGAACGUAUAAAGGAAUUAGAGGCUGAACUCAAGCGCAGGGAACAAGAACGGAGCGAGGCGGAGGAGAUGCUUGGACGGUUCCGCACGGUACAUGAUGAAAUGCUGCACAGUUACUUCCGUGAAGUGCUCAUUCUGAGGCAUCAGUUGCACGAUUGCGUGACUGUGAUGCAACGAACACGCUGGGGGCGGAUGAUCACACUUCAAUGCGUUCCGGCAGAGUUGCUAAACAUGGCGGCGCGUGGUGCAUCGCGGCCGGUGUCAGGUGUAGUUCGUACCGUUGAAGCCCCUUCCAAAUCUAAAAUGGAGGAAUGCGGUGAAGUUUUACCAUCAGGGUCAUCGUCAUUCUCGGGUGAGGAAAGUGGCACUUCCGGGCCGCUGGGAAUGGAGGAUACACAUCCGGGCCCUGGUUCAAUUUGGAGUGGCAGCAGUCCACGGCAGGAGGCUUCGCACGCGGAUGGUGAAGGUUUAGAGCGGCGAGCUUCUGUUGUUUCAGCCCGUUUCACGCAGUUCCGGAGAUCAACGGGAGGCAAGGCAGGUGAUACAGCGCCAGCAACCCCUGUUUCACUUUCGGCGCGAAGUGCACGUUUCGGAGGCGACAGGGAAGGGAUAAAACUGUUGACACGCCGUACCGUAUCUGUGGCCACACAAACUGCAGAGUCUGUGUGGGGUGAUCCAGUUAAUGCAAUAUUUGAUUACGAGCAGUAUGUACGAGCCCUGACGAUGGAGGGAUUGCUUGGCGAUGAGGGGAAGAAACUAGCGGACACUAUCAGCUCUCCUGGUUUAUCAGAUGAGGCAGCAAGAAAAGCGCUAGCUGAAUUUUUGGCUCGUCGAGCUUUAGGAGGAAUACUUGACAAGGGAGACGGUUGCCGCACUGGAUUGUUGUCUAUGCUAGAUCAAUGCAGUGCAUCAGUCAUAACGGCUCAGAUCCCCACCAUAGUGAGUCAUGCACAGGUGCUUCUGAGGGAGCGUUUGGACGAGCUUCGACACAGUGUACAGAUGCUGCGUUGCCAAUACAACGACGAUAUGAACGCCCUACGGAAGGCAUUUGAAAUUAUCCAGGGGCGUGUGAAUAGCCUUCUCGGGUUCCUAGAAACUUAUGCGGCUGAGGUUCGACUCAUCACUGACUUUAUGGAGGACCCGGUCAAGCAUCUCAAAGGCAAGCAUGGAGAAAAGGGACAUGUGAUGGACCCACGUAGUCGCCGCGUGGUUGCUAGCUAUUUUAUUGAUUCCGAUAAAGGGGAUCCAUCCACCGCUGCGGAAGGCGGUGGUGUAGUUUCAGACGACAAAGUGGAUGUAUUUAGUGUCAACAGCCGCUCAGGGCGGCGACGCGAGUUCAACUACUGGGCGAAAAACGAAGUAGUGUUGGGGGCGAAGGAUGCUUUUGCUAGGUUGCAAGCUGCAUCGUACAGUGCGGUAAAGCGGCUUUUCAAAGGUGGAAAAAUGUACUUGGGUCAGGGUGUUGGCCGUCGAGGUAUGCGAGGUUUAUGUUUUGGUGAAGGGGGUGAGGAAGGAGUCGGCUACAUGAAUGGUACCAAACAGUAUGAUAGUGAAUUAGGCGCUUCACCGUCGGCUGACGAAGAAGACGAGUUCUUAGCAUCUCUGACGCGAGAGGAAUUGUUGAAGUUGUUAGUGCAGCGAAGACUGCGGCGUGUGGCACUACGGGCCCGCCUCUCGAAUUGCAUGAAACGGCUUUCGUCUUGCAGCCGCGAGGGCGGGGAGGUAGACGCGCUUCAGGAUAUACUCGACGAGGCACGGUACCGCGAAGACGAAGUGAGAAGUACAACAAGUACUAUAAAUAAGAUCUUGGCUCUUAUUGGCGUAACCAACGAUGAAUCGGAUGGUGAAAUGGCCUACUUCAAGAAGGACCUUCUCUUUUCACCAUACUUGGUGAACCCCGCUGGUUGUAUUGGCGGCGAUGGUCAGGAAUUGGUGUUUGUCCAAGUGCCGGUGAGUGCACAGCAUGCGCGGUCUGUGUAUGAUUCACUCAUGAACAACUGCACGGGUUACAUUGUAUUCAAUGAAGAAGUUAUACCAAUUGCUCAGCCGCUGCUGACAGGCAGUGAUUACACCACAUUUAAUGGAAACAGCCGUCGACCCCUGCGUCCCCGGUUCCUUUUCACUGGUUCUGUGGUGGACUACACACGCAGUGUGCAGCUUGGUCGACCACUUGUUGGCACCGAUGAACCCCGUAACGUUUGUUGGGAUUUGGAGAAUACUCAAGUUCCUUACACGUGUACCCGUGUACCAACCCCUGAGAGUAAGAAAAGUGUUCAUUACUCAACUCUUACAAUACCACAACUGUACCAACCACCAGCAGAAGCGUACAGGCCACUUCCACUUGUACACCACCCUAACCGAAGUGGUAAUGAGUUGGUUGAGGAGGAGUCGAUAACGCAAGAGGUGCACCCGCCGCGAGUCGUGCAAGACAUAAAAGUGAGGAAUAUGAAAUUUCGACCACCACCGGAACGUGAUCUCCUCCCAAAGACCGGCAUCAAUUCGCCACCAAAAGCUCGACUAUUUUAUCCCGAAGUACAUCAACCUACCGCGGAAACAAAGGAGCUGUUUGCUGUGGAGUCACUUACCUUAAAGCACGAGCGUAGAGGCAUAUUUGAUGAUGAGAAAAUGCUUAAACCGAAAUCACGAAUAUUAUCUGUAAUUUCAGGUGAGGAACGCUGUGCGCGUGUGCGGGAUUUGUCGUCGAAGUUAAAGGGGCACGCUAAAACCUCCGGGAGCUCUAUUACACAAUGCUCUGCAAAGAUUCCUUCUGAAAACUUCUUGAGGUACCGUCUUCCAUGCCUCACUCAGUCAGAAGUUUCUUCAGGUAAAUGA